UUCUUUAUAAAUCGUUAAAAGUGAUAAAAGUUAUAGAAAUAACUUCAAAAAUUUAAAAAACAAAAUUUUUAGGAAAAAAAAAUAAUCAAUCUUAGUAGUGAUUUUAUUGUCAUUAUAUAAACAAAAAACUCCUAGAAACAAUUAAAAAAAAAAUAAUUAAACAAAUAAAAUUUUAAAAACAUUCUAAAGCAAAAUAAAAAAAAAUGGCAGCUGAUACAGGAACGUGUAAUACAUUUUUUAAUGAACAUUGUAAUAAUUCAUUAAAUGGAUAUUUUCCACAAAUGUCUACAACUGGUCAACAACAACAACAGCAACAACAACGAACGCAACCGCCUAGCAGAAAUGGUGGACAUAGUAAUAGUUCAGCAAAUUCAUCAACUUCAAGUACAAAUUCAAGUAAUCAUACAAAUUCAAAUUCACCACAACAACAACAUCAAAACCGUUGGAAUGAUAUUGCAUCAAUAAAUGCUGCAACUCAACAACAGCAACAGCAGCAGCAGCAACAACAGCAACAACAACAAAAUCAACAACAAAAUCAUCAGCAACAACAGCAACAACAAACAAAUCAACAAUUAUCUUCACAACAACAACAACAUAAUUUAUCACAACAUCAACCUCAUGAACAUCAUCAACCACAACAAAAUCAUCAUCAGCAACAGCAACAGCAGCAACAACAACAGCAGCAACAACAACAACAUCAUCAUCAUAAUCAUCAUCAUCAUCAAAAUUCACAAUUAUCACAACAUUUACUUAAUUCAACUAAUGCUCAUUCAAUAUUUGGGACUGGAAAUUUUCAUCAUAGAUCAAAUAAUUCAUGGACAAUGCCAAGUUUGGCAUGUUAUCAAAGAAUUUAUAGUGAUAAUCAUUAUAUGCAAGCAGCAUUUAAUCAAAAUCAAAAUAAUUUAACAACACAAAAUGGUAAUAGUAAUAAUAAUUCAAAUAAUAAUAAUAACAAUAAUAAUAAUAACAGUAAUAGUAAUAAUAAUAAUAAUAACAAUAGUAACAAUAAUAAUAACGGUAAUAAUAAUAGCAGUAUGCAAAAUAAUAACAGUUUACUUGGAAAUCAUUUACAUAAUAAGAGAUUUCUAAUACAAGCAGGUCAAAUGGAAUAUCAAUUACCACCGAAUCAACAGCAACAAUCAUUGCAAAUCGGACAGCCACCUGGAACACCAACAUCAUUAGUAUCACCAUCACAUUUACAAUUAUUACAAAAUGUUCAUCAACAACAGCAACAGCAACAACAACAGCAACAACAGCAACAGCAGCAACAACAAAAUUUAUUAAAUUCAAUGCAACCACCACCAACACCAUUACCAUCAUUAAGUAGUUUACCAUUACAAGUUGUACAUAAUUUACCGCAUCUUUUAAAUGGUGUUAGUACAAUAACUGGUGGUAAUAGUGGUAAUGGAAAUUCUCAAGGAUCUACAAAUAGUAAUAAUAAUAAUAAUGGAAAUACAACAGCAAAUGUUAAUGCAAUUGCAAAUAGUUUAGUUAAUAAUAAUACAUUAAUUGCUGCAGCUGCUGUUGCACAUUCAAUAAAUUUAAGCAACAACAAUAAUAAUAAUAAUAAUUCGAACAAUGUUAACAAUAAUAGUAAUAGCAAUAGUAAUACAUCACAAUCAAAUAAUACAAACAACAACAAUAAUCAUAUAACAUUACCACCACCAAGUCAAAUUUUACAUCAUCAUUUACAUCAUUUAACAAAUAAUAAUAAUAAUAACAAUAAUAAUAAUUCAAUUCAUAAUAAUCACAAUAGUAAUAAUAUUGUUAACAAUAAUAACGGUAAUAAUAAUAGUAAUAAUAAUAUAAGUAAUACUUUAAAUGGUUUAGCAGAUGAUGCUAACCGUUGGACACAAUUUCAAGUACAACAAUUAUGGCGACAUCAUGCAUCAUAUUUAAAUGGUAACAAAUCAAGUAACAGUAAAGAUAUAUGCGGUGAUGAUAAAUUUAAAGAAGAUGGUGAUCCAUGGAAUGUUGAAGCACAAGCGGCCUUUUUGGGGCCAACUUUAUGGGAUAAAACUCUGCCAUACGAUGCUGACCUUAAGGUAACACAAUAUGCAGAUUUAGAUGAAUUUUUAUCAGAAAAUAAUAUACCAGAUGGCCUGCCUGGAACACAUUUAGGUCAUUCAGCUGGUCUUGGACAUCGUUCUGAUUCAUUAGUUCAUUCAGCUGGAUUAACAUUGGGUUUAGGACAUGUUACCAAACGUGAACGUUCACCAUCACCAUCAGACUGUGUUAGCCCUGAUACAAUUAACCCACCUUCCCCUGCUGAAUCAACGUUUUCAUUUGCUUCCUCUGGCCGUGAUUUUGAUCCUCGAACAAGAGCGUUUUCUGAUGAGGAAUUAAAACCUCAACCGAUGAUUAAGAAAUCUAGAAAACAAUUUGUUCCAGAUGAACUCAAAGAUGACAAGUAUUGGGCUAGAAGACGAAAGAAUAAUAUUGCUGCCAAACGUUCAAGAGAUGCUAGACGUCAAAAAGAGAAUCAAAUUGCUAUGAGAGCAAGAUAUUUAGAAAAGGAGAAUGCAACCUUACAUCAAGAGGUCGAGCAGUUAAAACAAGAGAAUAUGGACUUGCGUGCACGACUUGCAAAAUAUCAGGAAGUGUAAUGUCGGCUGUUUUAUUGUUGCUGUUGAAUAUUAUGUUAAAAAUAAUUAAAAAAAAAAGUUAUACAUAUAAAUAUCUAUAUAUAUGUUCAGAAAUAUAUGUAUAUAUAUAUAUAUACAAAUUAAUAAAUAUAGAAUACAUGUAUAUUGUAAUAAAUAAAUUUAUAAAUCAAAAAAUUGUGAAGAAAAUAAAUAAAAUUCAUUAUUAAAGUAAAAAAAAAGUAAAUAACAAAUGAAACAAACUAACUUUAAAUAUAAAUUUAAAUAUUAAAUUAAUUUACAAAAUAAAAAAAAAAACAAAACAAUUUAAAAUAAAUAAAUAUUAAAAAAAUUAAAAAAAAAAAAAAAGAAUUAUUUAUUUUAACAAAAGGAAGGUAUAAAGAAAAUUAAAAAAAAAUGUUAUAAAAUUAUACAAAAAAUUAAAAAAAAAAAAAAAACAAAGUAAAAUUAAAAAGAAAAUUUAAUUUAAAGAAAGUAACGGACAUUAGAAAUUAAUGAAACAAAAAAAAAAUAAAUAUAAAAAUUAAAACUAAAUUGUAAGUAUAGAGAAAUUAUUAAAUGUAAACUUGUAAAUUUAAAUUAAUGCAAAAAAAAAAUUAAUACUAAAAAAACACAAGUUUUUAAUUUAACGCAAAAAGAAACAUAAAAUUAUCAAAAAAAGAGAUAAUAUUAAAAAUUUUAUGGGAAUAAGAAAAAUAUUUUAAGUAAAGUUUAAAAAAAAAAUUGAAUUACAAAAUAAUUAAAUAACAUUUAACAUGUUAGCUAAUAAAACAACAAAACAACUGCAAUUAUAACAAUAAUAACAAAAAAAAAAGAAUUGAAAAUAUUAAUUAUUGUUCAAAUAUAAUAAAAAAAAAAAUUUAGAAACGAAAUAGAAAAUGAAAAGGAUAUGAAAGAUUUAAAUGAAAAAAAUUUAAUAUAUAAUUGAAAUUUUAGUAUGAGAAAAGGUUGACAAAAAAAUAAAUAAAUUCUUUUUUAUUCUUAAUUUUCUAUAAUUUUGAUAUAUUUUUUUCUUUUUUCUAUGUCUGUCUGUCUGUUUUUUUUUCUUAUGUGAAUUUAAAAUUUUUAUAAUUUAAUAAAAUAUUCUUAUUUAAUUAUGAUUGCAAAAUUCUACAUCUAUUUUAAUAAAAAUUUAAAUUAUUGUAUUUAUUACGAUUUACAGAAAUUUAUUUAUUUUUCUCAAUUAUAUUUGAAAUUUUAUUAAUUAAAUAUCUAAUUCUAAAAUAUGAUUGCAGCGCGUUAUAUUAUUGCCUUUUAAUGUUUAAAAUUUUAUUUUCUAAUUUAAACACAUUGAAUUUUUGAAAAAACAACAUUUUGCAUUUCCCGCGUACGCUUUGAAUUUAAAAGAAAUAUUUUAAAGAAUGUUUGUUAUCUGAGUUUUCUUGUUAAAUAUAAAAUGAAAUUAAAACCAAUCAUGUACUUGCAAUUUUUUAAGAUAUCAAGAAUAUUUUUAAAAUUUACAAAAAUUUUUUUGAAUUUUUCAUAUAUAAAAACUAAAUUUAUAUUUUUGUUUACUUUAAAUAAAUACAAAGUUCAAAAAUGUUCUAAUUAUUCUGUACUAUAACAAAAAAAAAAACUUCAAUGUUCAAUUUAAAUUAAUCUUAAUUUAUUGUAAUAUUUAAUAACAAUUUUUACAAAAAUUUUAUUCUUAUAAAUUUUGAUUUUAAAAAAAUAUUUCAAAUUGUUAAAAAUUUAAAUUGAAUAUGCCGAUAACAAUUAAAUUUUAUAUUAUUGCAGAACAUGGUAAGAAGAAUCGUAUGCUUAUACUAAAAUUAUAUUUUAAACUCUUACCCCGAUUUUUUUUUAUGCCAACUCAAAUUAAAGACAGACACUAAGAUGAACUUAAAAAUUAUUAAAUAAAUGAUUAAAAUAAUAAAAUGUUUCAAUUAUAAUAAGUUAGAAUUAACCUGAAGAUUUGAAUUAUUCUCUUAAUUCACAAACCCUUAUAUUUUGUUGUAGCAUUAUUUGAAAAAAUAAAAAAAAAUUAAUAAAUUGUUAUCUUUUAAAAACUAUUAUAAAUGAUAUUUUAAAGAAAAAAAAAAUUAUAUUUUUUUUUUAAUACAAAAAAGCAAUGUUACAUUAAAUAUCACUGACUCUGUCAUAAUGAUUACUAGCAUAAUUGUUUAUAUUAUUAUUAUUAUUAUUAUUAAUGAAUUAAUUAAUUAUUAUAAUUAUUAUUUUGUUAUAAGAUGAAUUGUUUUUCUUUUUUUUUUCUUUUUGUUAUAUUUUAGAAACUCAAAUUAUAAGAAAAUUUAAUUAAAAGAAAUUUUUAAAAAAUCACCUAUAAAAAUAUUAUGUUAAAAACGCCUAUUUAAUUUUGGACAUCUUAUGUUUUGGCGCAUUUCUUUAAUAUUAUUAUAAAUAAAUAAAUACAAAAUAAUAUGAUAUAUUAUGAAAAUAUUUAAU